UAAACGUAUAGUUCCUAUUUUUCUAUGAGCAUACCGUCCUCUAGUUUACUUCAAUACAGAAUAAGGCUUUGAAAACAUGCAGGAGGAGGAGGAGAGCAAACGUUUAAUACCACAAGGUGGCGACAGUACAUUAUUAUUGGUUGUAACCCAUGACUGUUGCACUUAGAAAAAAACAUUGGGACAAGUAGCCUGGCGUUAUCACUUGUCGGUAUCACAGUCGCAGAUAACAGGCGGCGAUGGAUGCCAUAAGGUCGGCUGGAAGAGCUAUCAUUCGAAGUCCAAGUGUGGCGAAAAGGUCUUGGAAUGCGGGCAAACAUAAAAAACUUCCUGAGAACUGGACAGACAUGACGGAGACUGUUGUAGAUGGCAUGACCUUUAACCUCCGUCACCUAGGCAUGACCCUGGUGGAUCAGCCCAAAGGAGAGGACCUAUCAGCAGCUGCUGUCAAGAGGAUUGUUGCCAUGGCCAAAGCGGGAGGUAAGAAGCCUCAGAAGGUGUCUCUGAAGGUUUCUCCUCAGGGUAUUAUGCUGUACGACAGUCUGAACAACCAGCUACUAGACAACAUCUCCAUAUACAGGAUAUCCUACUGCACGGCGGACAAGCUGCACGACAAGGUGUUUGCCUACAUCUCCCAGAACACCCUCAACGGAACACUGGAGUGCCACGCCUACCUCUGCUCCAAGAGGAAAGUGGCCCAGGCAGUGACUCUGACGGUAGCACAGGCCUUUAGAGUGGCCUUUGAGUUCUGGCAGGUUGCCAAAGAAGAGGAAGAGAAGGGAGUGUUGUCCGGCUCAGCUGGAGAAGCAACCAGCAGCUCCCAGUCAGAAAGAUCAAACAGCCUGCCUAGUCUCAAAGGAGAAAAUGUUGCCACGGGUAACCUACUGGACCUUGAGGAACUGACUCAUGUUGCCGUGGUUCUGGAAACCAAUGGCAACGAGGAGUUCCAGGUGGACUUCCACACUGCUCCUAAGAACAAUGAUAACAACAACGCUGUCUGGGAAAUUGAGGAAGACUUGGAUGAGGCUUUUUCUAGACUGGCGGUAUCCCGUACUAACCCCCAGCUCCUGGACAUUGGGGUGACCCCCCAGGAUUGGCUGACAGAACCUGACUGGGCCAAUGGGAACACACCCAACAAGAACACUGCCAAUAAGAACACAUUGAACAGAAUACCACCAAUGGGGACGACUUCGUUGGCUUCUGAUCGACCACCGGAGGGCGACCAAGAGGCACAGCCUUUUGUGUCUUUGGCCCAAUCCCAAAUCAACCCCUAGUUCCUAUGCUGGAGCUAGACCAUAUAGUGUGCACCUGUCAAUUCCUCUCAGAUCUUCACAAGUGCAUAGGGCGCAGGGAACAGGGUCUAGGGGUCUAUUUGGGAUUGGGCCAUAGAAGAGUUGACUUCGGUUCCAUUCCAAACCGAUCCCUUGCCUCUGUCCUUAUUCCCUAGUUGACUCCUCCUCCUUAUAGAUCUGAAAGGACUGCAUAGGUUGAGAGCUUUGGUUGAAAUUCUGUCAUAUUGCCUAAGUUUAAAUCAUCACGUUUUUUGUAGAUAUACAUUGGGUCGCCAGGAAGAGUCUAUGGGUAGACGCUAGGGAUUUGACUUGGGACCUUUUUAUAUAUUUUUUAUAAACUGGGUGCUUCAAGCCCUGAAUGCUGAUUGGGCUUGAAUCAGACGCUAUACAACGGGUAUAACAAAACAUUUGAAUUUUCCUGCUCUAAUUACGUUGGUAACCAGUUUAUAAUAGCAAUAAGGCACCUCAGGGGUUUGUGGUAUAUGGCCAAUAUA